GUAAAGCAGGGGGAAUUUGGAAUAGUUUAAUGGAGAGAGAGGCGUAUAAGGCAGUUAAGAAGAGCACAGGGAGAAAACCAAGGAUAACCCCUAAGAUAGAACCAGUUAUAAAUUGCCAAGAGAAAGAUAUAGCCUCAAUUACAACUAAAAGGGGCACUAACACCAAAGGUGUUCCGGCUG